CAAAUGACUAAUUACCUCCUUUUCGAAGUCGGUUAAAAAUAAAAUAAAAAGAAAAUCACAAAAUAUGGAAUUUAGAAAGAACGAAGUUGUUUGAUACGCAAUGGUAGAAAGAAAUCAACCCUGGCGAAGAUAUUUUAAGCAGAGACGUUAUACAUUGGAAAGGCCAUGACUUUAUCCAUGACUCUGGUCAGGCGCCCGAUCUCGCUCUUGUCUACAGAACACAUAAUUUUUGCUUUUCAUUUGAUUGAAAUUCGCUACGUUGACUAACAAAUAUUUUUCUUCUAACAGUUUUCUAGAGGAAUUCAUUAUUGAAUGAAAGUAAAAAUUUGCAUAAAUGGAGGGUGGAUGGGAUGAGGUAGGGCAGGUCUCUAAACCGCAGCAACCUCCUUAUGGUGAUACCUGGGCAAUCGUUAUUAUUUGAUGACUAAUUAUUAACUGUAUCAUUAUUUCUAUGGUACAUUUAUUAAUUACGUAGCAAAUAAUAUGAGCGAAUUGACUGCGAAAUUUAUGCUUUUUUUUCUAUUUAAUCUCUGUUAUAUAUUUUUCAGGAACUAUGCCUUUCAGAUUCUGAAGUGUAUCACAUUACAACUACAAUUUUCCGGAAAGAAAAUUAAUAAUAAUGAAUGCAUGAUACUCAACAUUAGUAUAAAAUUCAAUAUGAAGUUUAAUACUAAUUCUUUAAAAUCCUGCGUCGCUCGAAUUGGUACUUUAACAGAGUUUCAAAGAAUUCCCAAUGCUAGCUUUGAAACUCCUCUGGCUCUUAUUUAUACAAAGGGAGGUAGUGUUCCACACUUAACAAAGGAUGUCUUCCAAAUGGUUACCAAAGAUCCACAGUUGUUAUCUGUUUCUCUUACCUCUACAGUUUCAAUGUUAGAAUCAAUAAAAGAUUGUAAUGUUAACUUUUCAGAGUUUGUUGGUAUGAAGGAAUAUUUAAAUUUUCUUACAACUCAUGACCCAUGUUAUGCUACCCCAUCAGGUUAUCAUCAACCUGAUUCUAUUCCUUUAUGGACUAAAAAUGGAAAACAUAUGUUAACACCUAGUAAAUACAUGGAUAUUAUAGAAGCAUUUAAACCUGAUUUGUAUGUUGCUUUUCAUGAUGGAGAUACCAAUAUUAAUAGUAGUAAAAGAAGGGUAUCAAAGGCUGUACAUCGUAGUAUGGUAUUUUUUGAACAGUGUAUGCUUAGACAUUCAACUUCCAUUGUAUUAAAAUCUUCAGAAAUGUUGGGUGCUAUUGAAGGUGGAUAUGACAUAGAAGCUAGAACAGUGUCAGCCAAUUUUUUAAAAGAUAAACCUGUAUUAGGAUAUAUAAUUGAUGGACUACAUAAUAAUGGACCAGAUGUAACAAAUAUACAAACAGAUCAAAUUAAGAAAGUAGUAUCACAUGUCAUUAAUCUUUUACCUCCUGAAAAAUUAAAAGUAUCAGUAGGAGGCUGGAAUCCCCUUACUGUACUAGAUCUUGUUGAAUUAGGUGUAGAUGUAUUUGAUACAUCAUACCCUUAUAUAGCUACUCAAAAUGCAGAAGCUUUAACUUUUUUAUGUGAUCAUGAUGUUUGCAAUAACAUGGAACAUGUGAUGUCAUUUAAAGAAGAUAGGUAUAAGGAGGAUUUUUCUCCAAUAUGCUCUCAUUGCGAGUGUGUUGCAUGUAAAAAUCAUACCAGAGCAUAUUUACAUCAUUUAUGUAAUACUAGAGAAAUGCUUUCUAUGGUACUCUUAAUGAUACACAAUGUACAUCAGUAUCUUGAAUUUUUUAAGAUUAUACGGGAAAGUAUAAGAAACGGCACUCUUGAUCAGUGUAGAAAAAAAAUUAAUUUAAAGUUCAAACAGACGAAUAACAGCUAGUCAAGUAAGUCUACAGAUAUAGAAAGCAGGAAAUGUACAAAAACAACCAAAUUAUAAAAAAGUAUUAAUAGUUUAAUAUUAAAUUAUUUUUACAUGCUGGUUUUGUAAUAAAAUCAUAUCGAUACAAACUUGUUAAAAUUAUUCGGGUAAAAAAUUAGGAUCUAAGUAAUUGUAAGACGAAUUACUGAAACUUUGCGGGAAAUAAUCUAAAUCGUAGCUUCUAGUAUACUGGGGUGGUUUUAUAGGAAUCAGUCUGUGUAGUAUAUCAUGUAAUGGCUUUUCAUCUUCUAAUUGUAGUACUGCACAAUCGCCGCAUAAGUCAAGCCCAUUUUGACAUUCCGAACAAUGCCACCUUGUGCCUGUUAAAGGCUCUUCUCCACAUAUCGAACACUAUAAAAGAAAGACAUUAACUUUUAAGUUCUCUCAAUGUACCGCGAAAACCAUCAUUCAUGUACCUUAUAUCCAACAUGUUUAAAUACGGAAGAUGAAUUUUCUUCUUUCUCAGCUUUUACUUGUCUUAAUAAUUCUAUAUGCCUCAGUUCAGGAUUAUCAUCAAUAGUACUAUUUCCAGCAUCAUCUUCCUAUAAUUAAAAAUUCUUAUUUAUAUGAAACAUACAGUCCAUACUUUUAUAUAAAAUAUACAUACAGAUUCUUCUGCAACUGGCUGUUCUUUGCUUUCAUCAGCCAUUGUAAAAGACAUGUCCUGAUGUGGGAAGAACGUAGAACGUCUAAAUAGCGAGUAAUUAUUGCGCUGAUGUCUGUGGCCGAUUCCUCUUUUAACAUCUAAUUUCAUUUUAGGGCCACGUCCGGGUAUAGGUAAUCCAGCUCUUAAAAGUUUAAUAAAAUAUUUCUGCACUCUGCUAGAAACUUGUUUUGGAGUUCUAUUACCUAUUUAAAAAAUUCAAAGUUAGUUCAUGAAUUGAAUAAGUGAAGAUUUAUUAAUAUACCUAAAGCAUUAGCUAUCUUAGUCCAUCUUCUCAUUUCUACUUCUUCUGGAGGAUAUUCAAUUAAAAGUUCCUCUAAUCUCCUUUGUUCUUCCACUGUCCACAACUGAUUAAAGGUUUCUGGUUUACUUUCAUCAAAAGCACGUCCUCUUACUAAAAUCUAUAAUAAAGUAUGUAUUAAUACAGAUGCUUUAUGUAAAAGAAAAAUGUUCCUUAUAUCUAUCAGAAGAAUUAAAAAGUACUUUUCCAUUCUCUUGUUCUGUCUUUGUUGGUACAUGAGGUAAUACAUGUCCAUGCCUUGUCUGAGGUCUCAUACGCAUAUCAGGUGCAGCUACAUUAUAUUGUGACCAAUCAAUAUAAGGAAUUUCUGCAAUCUUUUGUGGCCCUGGUAAUUCUGGUAGUUCACCGUUUUGUAUCUGAGCCACAAAAGAUAUUGGAUCCUUCAGUGCUUUGGAACGAAUAGAUAAAAGUUUAUCCAAAUCUUCUAUAGCUUGGGUACGUUGCGCUUCGAGAAUUACAAUCGUUUUUAAAAGGGCUGUGUAAUCUUUAUUCCCUUUUAAUGCUAGGUGAUCGGAUUCGAAAUAAAAUUCACUGGGUUCUUCAUCUUGACAUCUCUUUUCUUCAUCUUCCAUCGUUAAUCAAUAUUUCAGUUUACUGGACAGGUUAUACGUGUGUCCACCGCGACACAUUAACCUCAACUAUCUGUCAAAAUGAAAUGACGAAUAUCUGUGUAACAUAGCUAUUAAAUAAAAUUCAUAUACAAUUGUUGAUCUUGAUUAUAACAUUAUUGUAAAUCCCGUGGAAAUUCAACUUCAAAUAUGAAUGAUCCGUCCCAUAUGGUCACGUGAAUCUGUUCGCGAUGCCGCUUUGGAGCGCGUACUCUAUCUCUAAAGUCAAAAACACGUGUCGCCGACAUUCAUUCAAAUAAUAUCUUAAAUAAUGUGAAUCAGAUAUCGUACGGAUUAUUUAAAUUUGCAUUUGAGAUUUUAAUGUUAACUUUAGUAUUUAUUGCAUUGUAAUAAAGAUAUCUUUUAUCUCUUCUCUCAUAAACAGAUCCAUGUAACAAAUAGGAGCUGAAUAAGAUUAAAUUGUUAAUAAUUAAAAGCAUUAUAUGUAUAACACUGAAUUACAAAACGAAAAAGGUUCCAAAAUAAUUCCCCUCUUUUCAGAGAUAAGGAUGUCAUGAUUCAUCUGUGACUAACAAUAUGCUUCCGUAUGCUUCCGUAUAUCAUAACAGGUGUUACGUUUCUUCAAAAAAACUUACCCUAUCUUUAAGUCAUGUAAAUGUCCAAUCUAUAAAUUUGUAUGACGCAUAAUGUUACAACGAAGAAUUCAAAUUUAAUCAUUGACAAAGAAACAUGAAAACAAGGAGGAUAAGAGAAUACAUGCAUUGAUGAGACAUCGCUUUCCACCGAUUUACCGUCGUUCUCAAAAGGAUGAAACGGUAUCCGAAUUAUUAUCUUAUCAAGUGUUUCUCUUUCUGACAAAACUUCAUAAUACAUUCCGAAAUGUGAGCGAUUGCCGAAAGGUGACGCAUGUACCGUCCCCGUAUAACCGAUAUGGAAGGUCUUGUAAAUUUUGUGCAAACAAUUCUUUUAACGCUCACUAAUCGCACACCGUUUGUGGUUUAUUGGUGUCAAAAGAAGGACGCGUUGUGACCAAAGCAAUUUAAUUGGUAGCUUUUAUCUAAUUACGUACUAUUAACGAGCUUUCAUCUUCGGAUACGUUAAAUCAGCCAUAAAUUCAUCGAAAUCGAUCGGAUUCAUCGGAAUCGCGACACGGGUACAUGCUACUCUUAUCAGAAGAAACAUCGCGCGCCUGAAAAAAUAAGUAACUAGCUGACCCGUUAACACUUCAGUCUCGUUCUGGACAUCUUACGAUAACGUCACACUGUCUUCGAUUCGGCUCCUAAGACACGAGGAAGCCGAUUCGUGUCUUGGUCGAGCGGACUGUACGGGAAGAGCCAGGAAGAGCUGAUCGAAAGCAGUUUGAAAACCUGCGUGUAGUUUGCGCGAUGAAUCGUUGAAUUCGAAAUUAAAAAAGAAAUAGAAAAACGACACUUGCGGAAGUGCUGGUGAAUUGGAUAAUUCGCUGUAAAUCGGUCCUCGUUGUACUCGAAUCUCCUACAAAAUGAGGCAACACGAAGAAAAAGAAAAUGGAAGAAUCGCGCUAAAACGAGAGUUAGGCCUUUUCAGUGCAGUGAGCAUCAUAGUGGCUGUUAUGAUCGGUAUGGAACUGUUACGAAAUAAUAAAAUGUUGUUAAUCGAAUCUACCAUCUAUCCAGCUUUCGUUUAUAUUACGUUCAAUCAAAAAUCGAAAAUAUCUAGUGUUUUCUUCCGAUGCAACCCUACUGUUUAUUGUUCAAUACCCGUGUGAUUUGAUAGCGUCAAUCGUUUGCUUUUCGUUUUCUUUCCUUGUCAUUUUUUCGAAGUUCAUUUUAGUCGUAAAUAAUCCAAAUAAUUGCAUUAUUGUUCCACGGCUUGCUACCGAUAAUAUUCGAAACGAUUAUGCGAAACAUGAUUCAAACUCCUUUAUGCAUUAUCAGCGUUGUUCUACUUAAUUAUUCUUACGUAAGGAAAUUUAAAUUCCUUCAACUUGGAAUACCCAAACAAUGAACUUUAUUUUUAAAUGCGAUGCAUCUUCUCACGCAGACAUCCUCGCAAUUGCAAUAUAUUUAUUGAUCUUUUGCCUAAAAGUCACGUAAAUGUAACGUCAACAACAGCAAGAGAAACUUGCAAUUACUUUAACGAAUACGUUACUUUAAAGUAAUAGUAUUAUCGCAUGCAUGCUGAUAAUAAGAAAUCGGUAUCGACAUUGUCGCAAUUUCAUCUGAUGAAAUUAUCCAUACACUCCGUCUUUGGUUGUAAAAAUAUUUUUCUUUUCGUAAAAUAAAAGAUUUUCUUUCUGUAAAUAAAA